AUGGCAUGCUCCGCUCAAUCCAUGACCGUUGAAUCUUAUCCCGAGGAGGCCGCCGCCUCCACGGCAACGCCUUCCGAGGAGACCGCCAUGCUCCGAGACCGGCGGCGAAGACACUCCUUCCACACGGCACGGAAACUCUCGUGCGACUACGAUGCGGAUGCUAUCUAUUUAAAGGUCGAACUGUUUUUGACCGAGUUGGAGCGACGGAUGCAAUGGAUCGAACAGUCUCGCAAGGCCCACAUGAUGCAGAUCGACGCCAGUCUCCGUAGCGGCUACGAGAUCCUCGAAGCCGUGCGGGACUCCUGCUCCUUCGCCUCCGGGGAGUUGAUGGGCAGUGGCAAGAAACGAGCCAAGAUCCUGGUGGAGACGCUGGAAGAACAGUACAACGACGCCCUCGCGACCAAGGAGACUCUCGAGCAAAAGGCACAGGCCGGCGUGCGGUGGAUGGAGUCGUGUCUGUCCGAGAUGGAGGCUCGCGCCCAUGCGGUGUGCGACCGCGGCGUCUACGGCGCGCUGGAUGAUGGGUGGAAGGCCGUCGAUUCAAAACUGGUCCAUGCCCGCGAGGUGAUGGACGAGGGCAUGGAACGAGCCCGACGAGCCAAGGACGCCCUGCGGGAAAGCGUCGACCGCGCCAUCAUCCUCGCCCAGGAACGCCGACUCAUCGCCUACGCCGAUCUGCCCCAUCCUUGGCGCAUCAACCCGCACAUCCUGAAGGGCUACCGCUUCCACACCUCCAAAGUCGACUGCGUCACUUCCGUCUUCUCCUUCUCCAACGAACUGGUCAACAUCUGGUCGCACCUGGUCGGCCUGUUCAUCGUCCUCUCGAUCGCCUUUUACUUCUACCCGCUGAACCCCAACUUCGUCCUCAGCUCCAAGACGGACAUCUUGGUGGCGGCGGUGUUCUUCUUCGCCGCGUGCAAGUGCCUGGUCUGCAGCACCCUCUGGCACACCAUGAACAGCAUCGCCAACCAAAACGUGAUGGAACGCUUCGCCUGCGUCGACUACACGGGCAUCUCGAUGCUGGUGGCGGCGUCCAUCGUGACGAUCGAGUACACGGCCUUCUACUGCGAACCCGUGUCGCGCUGGGUCUACAUCCUGCUCACCAUGUCGCUGGGCGUGGGCGGGGUGAUCCUGCCGUGGCACCCGACCUUCAACCGCGCCGACUUCGCCUGGGUGCGGGUGGCCUUUUACGCGUCCCUGGCGCUGACCGGGUUUGCUCCGCUGGCGCAGCUGACCUACGCGCGCGGGCUGGAGUGGUGCCUGUAUUUCUACGCGCCCGUGAUCAAGAGUGUCCUGGUCUACUUCACGGGGGCGCUCAUCUACGCGUCCCAGGUGCCGGAGCGGUGGCGCCCGGGGCUGUUCGACUACGUGGGCGGCAGUCACAACAUUUGGCACCUGGCGGUGCUGGGCGGGAUCCUGUUCCACUACACCGCGAUGCAGGACCUGUUCGCGGGGGCCUUCCAGCGGGCCCAAGGGGAGUGUCCGAACCUGGCGAAAUAA